CCUCCUUGCCUGACUGCCCAUGGCCACUCACCUGGAGCUGCCCGCCGGUGGGAGGAUGCCCAUCCUGGGACUGGGCACCUGGCAGUCUCUGCAGGGGGCAGCCAGGGAUGCAGUGGAGUUUGCCAUCGACGUGGGGUACCGGCACCUGGACUGUGCCCACAUGUACCAGAACGAGAGCGAGAUCGGGGACGCGCUGCGGCACAAAAUGGAGCAGGGCGUGCUGAGGAGAGAGGAGCUCUUCGUGGUCAGCAAGCUGUGGUCCACCUUCCACGAGAGGUCCCUGGUGAAGGAGGCGUGCCAGAAAACACUUGCUGCCCUCCAGCUGGAUUAUCUGGAUCUCUACCUGAUGCACUGCCCCAUGGGAUUCAAGGCAGGAGAGGAGCUAUUUCCUGCAGAUGGAAACGGAAUGAUCAUUCCCAGCAAUACAGAUUUUCUGGAUACGUGGGAGGCUAUGGAAGAGCUCGUGGAUGUGGGAAUGGUGAAGGCUAUUGGAGUCUCCAACUUCAACCAAAAACAGAUCCAUCAGCUCCUGGGCAAACCAGGCUUAAGACACAAACCUGCAAACAACCAGAUUGAGAGCCACCCCUAUCUUCCUCAGGAAGAGCUGAUUAAGUUUUGCCAAGCCAAAGGGAUCUCUGUCACUGCAUACUGUCCCCUUGGAGCACCCAACUGGCCAGGGUCCAAGCCUGACCAUAUUUCUCUCCUUGAUGAUCCUCAAAUUAAGGAAAUUGCACUCAAGCACAACAAAACCCCAGCUCAGGUGCUUAUCCGGCUCCAAAUCCAAAGAAAUGUCAGUGUCAUUCCCAAAUCUGUCACUCCACAGCGUAUUGAAGAAAAUUUCAAGGUGUUUGACUUUGAGCUGAGUGCAGAGGAGAUGGAGACCCUCCUUGGUUUCAAGAAGCGCUAUCGCAUCUGUGCGUUAACCCAAUGCAAAAAUCACAAGGACUAUCCUUUUUUAGAAGACUGACAGAGCCAUCAGCUUCAGAUCCUCUGGGGGAUCCAGUCCAUUUAUUGUUAUUUCAAGCAACUUGCAAUACUUUGUGCAUUAAUUCAUAGAUAGAAGGGGAAUAUGUAUUAAAAAAAUGGGAGAAGGUAACUCACUGAUAUUCUGAAGAGUCAUCUUUGAACAUGGAUACAUUUGCUUCCUUUGUAUCAACCAGUUGUAUCAGUCCUUUAUCUGCUCUUUUAACACAAUUUUCAGUUGCAGCAAAAUAUAUAUUCUCUCUUAAUGUAGUAAUUAUAAUGAAGUUUAAUAAAGCCACAAAUUGGGAUUAGGGAAAAGCAUUUUUUGUCUUAACUAUAAAUCUGACUAAGUUUAGAGAAAAUUUAAAUUGUCUGAUUAGUUCUACUUUUGGACAAAAGAUCAAUAAAUUUACUAUCUUUUAACUAUCAGUACAAGACAAUCCAUUUAACAUCAGAGGAUCUCAAUGACAUGACAUGCUGCUUGAGAUGCCGAGUUCAGUAAUUGCAGUGUAACAAACCAAAAAAAGCUCUUUAGUGGACACUGCUGAAUUAUGAUUCAGGAGCUCUUAAUGAGGUUUCCUAUUUAUGAACUGCUAAAAACUAAUAAACCACUAGGAGAUUUGUAUGUUUGGUUUGUAGUAUCUGCAAGAGUAUAUAAAUACUGUCUUUAUCAGUAGAAUGGCUGCAGUUGAGACUGCAAAUCUCCUAGAAAAUCCAAAGUCUGAUAAAGGAGACACACAGGAAUUAUUUUGUUUGGCAGCUGUCUUAUUUAGCAAGGAGAAAAGCUGGGCAGCUUCACAGAAGGCAACAGCAGAUUUCACUCUCCUGUACUGUUCCCUAGGUACUGCUUGCUUGUGUUUUGACUCAAAGGAUGUCUCUGGAUGCUGUUGUCUGGCUAAAAAAAAAAAUUAAAAGUCAGUGCUGCUGCAGGCCA